AUGGGUAUCUCGCGCGACUCUUGGCAUAAGCGCUAUAAGACCGGAGCUACUCGCCCGGUCCCACACAAGAAGAGGAAGUUCGAACUUGGACGCCCAGCUGCUAACACCAAGAUCGGAUCUUACCGCGUCCGUCUCGUCCGUGCUCGCGGAGGAAACUUGAAGCACAGAGCUCUCCGUCUUGAUAACGGAAACUUCUCCUGGGCUUCGGAGCAGACCACUCGCAAGACCCGUAUCGUUGAUACCGUCUACAACGCCACCAACAACGAAUUGGUCCGUACCAAGACCCUCGUGAAGGGAGCCAUCGUCAGCAUUGACGCUGCCCCAUUCCGUCAGUGGUAUGAGUCGCACUAUGCUCUUCCAUUGGCUAGAAAGAAGAACGCUAAGCUCUCUGAGGAAGACGCCGCUAUCCUUAACAAGAAGCGAUCUCGUCACACUCAGAAAAAAUACACCGAGCGCCAGAAGACCGCCGCUGUCGAUCAAUUGCUCAUUGAGCAAUUCCACUCCGGACGUCUCCUUGCCCGCAUUUCUUCAUCUCCUGGCCAAGUUGGACAGGCCAACGGAUACAUCCUCGAAGGAAAGGAGCUUGACUUCUAUCUUAGAAAGAUCCGCGCCAAGAAGGCCAAGUAA